UUUGAACAGCGCGCUCUCUGUCGGUCAGAGCGGUCACUGCAGCAGCAGCAGCGAAGCAUCAGAGCAGACCAGAACCGAACCGAACCGACGCUACGCACGAAUCAUGUCUGACGACGAGAACCUGCCGUCCGGAUGGGAGAAGCGCAUGAGCCGGAGCUCAGGGCGAGUGUAUUACUUCAAUCACAUCACGAAUGCGAGUCAGUGGGAGCGUCCGAGUGGAUCGGGGGCUGACGGGGUCAGUGAGGUGGAGAAGGUGCGCUGCUCUCAUCUGCUGGUCAAACACAACCAGUCACGCCGACCGUCCUCCUGGAGAGAGGAGAACAUCACACGCAGCAGAGACGAGGCACUGCAGCUCAUCCACAAGUACAUCGAGCAGAUCAAGUCUGGCCAGGAGGACUUUGAGAGUUUGGCGUCUCAGUUCAGUGACUGCAGCUCAGCGAGGAACGGAGGAGACCUGGGCUUGUUCGGCCGAGGUCAAAUGCAGAAGCCGUUUGAAGACGUCUCGUUCGCGCUGAAGGUCGGAGACAUGAGCGGCCCAGUGUUCACCGAGUCAGGAGUUCACAUCAUCCUGAGAACCGGAUGACCUCUCCUGCACGCCUCCAUCCGCUCAUCCUGCAGAUAACUCACACAUUACACACACUUUCCCAGGACUCCCUAUCUUAAUCUGUUUCCCUCGGCUUGUCAGAGCUGCACGUUUAGUCCUUCCUGUAUUUCAGUCAUCGUACAUGUUACAGAUCCCUUAUGACUGGCUGUGAAUCCUGCAUCUCUACCCAGCAUUCCUCCAUCCAGCUAAACACUCGCAUGAUCUGCUGUCCGGACAGUAGACGAUCGUAUGACACCUCUCCAAAAAAUGACCAAUAAAAUUGACCAUGUCACUGAAUAAAAUGCUCCUGUUUUAUCUC